AUGCUUGUGGCAGUUGUAAUGGAAAAGCACUGGACGUUCAACAAAAUGGGAAUAGAUAUGAGUGCUGCAUUCGACUCCAUUCGAAGGUCGACUAUACUGAAUCUGCUUAAUGAUGCAGGGUGUUGCAAAGACGAAGUCAGACUCGUUCGUUUUCUUCUUGCAAACACUCGCCUCAGAGUUAAAAUCAAGAAUGUGCUCUCAGAAGACUUUCAGUCUACUAUAGGGUCGUUUCAAGGCGAUAGUCUAUCUGGCGCAUUGUUCACACUUACACUUGCUGGAGCACUUAGGCAUGUUAGAGCAGUCAUUCCAAGGCCAAAUCCACCUAUAUCAUUUAUGGGGAUGCCACGUGAGUCAGAAUAUGCUGAUGACGUCGAUUUUUUAGAUGAAGAUCCUCAGAUUCCUAAGCAUAUAUUGCCCACCGUUAAAACAAUAUUACAAGAAUGGAACCUCUCAGUAAAUGAAGACAAAACUGAAUUUACACAGAUAUAUAUGGCUAAUAAACAAGACCUAGAUAGUAGUGGAAACAAAAUAAAAGACAAUAAAUCGUGGUGCUCAAGUAAGCUGCUUGGAUCUUUUUUAGAUUCCAUCGUCGAUGUUAAACAACGCAUCAUUCUCGGAAACGUCUCUUUUUCGCGAUUCAAUAAAAUUUGGAACCGUCGAAGAUGUAUUUCACUCCAGAGACGUCUUAUAGUCUAUGAAGCCCAGGUAGUUUCUGUCAUGCUAUACGACUGCAACAGCUGGUCUGUCCCUAACAGUGUAUUAGAUGAUCUUGAUAUAACCCAUAGACGACACCUUCGCCACAUUUUAAAUAUCAAAUUGCCUAACGUCAUCCGGAACCACGAUCUUUAUAAAGUCACUGGCGUCAACCCAUUAUCUGAGCGUGUUACAAAAUCCUGA